UGAAUAAUUAAAAAAACAAUCGAUCACAUGCUACAUUCAAGUUAUUUAAGGCGUGACGUUAAAUCAAUGAAUAUUAUUGGUUUCUUUACAUUUUUACGCUUUCCGCGGGGCGUGGUUUGGAGGACGUGGCCAAUAGCGUUUCAGUGGGCGUUUACUAAGAGCGUCCUGUUAUUACUCGACGUAUUUUAACAAUGUCGAGCUUUUUUUAAACUGCAUGCAACGUCGCAAAGAAGAUCAAAAUUGAGACCCACAAAGCAUUGUUCAGCAGAACGAGGUGACUUUUCUUCAUGGUAGUCUGUGAGGCGCACGUGUAGUCAAAGAGGAAGAUCUUUACAGACAGACAGGUGCACAGAGACAGUUAGAUCAUGACCGAGGAAGAUAAGAAGAGGGAUAUGGCUCAGGAGACCAACCAGACCCAAGGGCCUUUACUCUGUGCCAAUGGCUGUGGGUUUUAUGGGAACCCGCGGAAUAACGGCAUGUGCUCGGUGUGCUACAAGGACACCUUACAACGACAGAACAACAGCGGACGAUCAAGCGAGCCAGUGUCAUCCAGUAUAAGCAGUAUAGGAGAGUCAGUGUCUGUACAGUUAAAAUCACAACAUGAACAAAACAGUGUCCGCUCUAAUUUUUCAUCGCCCGCGGCAGCUGCACGUACAGAUGGUGCUACAGCGGUCACUCUGGCGGUUUUGGAAACACAGGAGGGACUACAAGAGGAGGCGAGAAGCAUUCAGGAGACCUCAAACAAGCUGCUUACAGCGGAGGAGAGCACAUCGAGAGGAAAGAGGAAGUUAGAUGAAACUACACAGCCGUCUGCCUCAGAAUCGGACGUCUCGGAGCAAACCUCAGAUGUACCGGAGCAGUCCAAACCCAAGAAGAACCGCUGCUUCAACUGCCGCAAGAAAGUGGGACUCACUGGCUUCAGUUGCCGCUGCGGUCACUUAUUUUGCAGCGUUCACAGAUACUCGGACAUUCACAGCUGUAGCUUCGACUACAAGGCAGACGCUGCUGAGAAAAUAAGAAAAGAAAAUCCUGUGAUCGUGGGGGAGAAAAUCAAAAAGAUUUAAGCUACUUAGGAAAAAUAAGUUGUGCAUGCCACAAUGAAAAGCCUUUGCAAGA